AUGUCCAUUGGGGAUAAACUGAACGAGGCCUUAUGCUGGCUGAAGGAAGAGUUCGAUGAACUGAUAACUGACCUGGAGGUGGACAAAAGUGAAAUAAACGUAAGUGACCUCUGCACAAAGAUUAACAACACGUUCAGGAAUGUAAACGGCGCAGAGGAUUAUUCCCCCCUGUGUGCAGAUGACCAGGGAACGAGCAGCGGGAAGAGAAUAAAGGAACGCAUUAACCAUGAGGAACUCGUACCCUGGGGCCAUUUGAAUUACUCCCUCUUCCAUUAUGUACACCUAUAUAAUAAAAUUUACGAAACGCUCCUUAUUGACGAUGAAGACUUUUGCUUUAAUUUCGAUGCAGAAAAUUUAUAUGCAAAGAGGAGGUUUUCCCGGAGCUUGGCGUUCCACCCGCUGAUUAGUCCUGUUGACGUUUCAUAUUUUAACUUUCUGUUGUUUUGCAUUUCGGAAAAUUUAUAUGCAAAGAGGAGGUUUUCCCGGAGCUUGGCGUUCCACCCGCUGAUUAGUCCUGUUGACGUUUCAUAUUUUAACUUUCUGUUGUUUUGCAUUUCGGGUGGGGCGUACGAUAAGGUUAGGGGGGGGCACGUAACAGACGGGGGGGACGUAGCAGACGGCGACGUCAAAUUGGGGGAGGACGUGAAAUUAGGCGAGGCCGCUGCCUCUCCCCACCGACGCCGAGGCAAGCGGGCCGAAAUAACUUACGCCUACAGCGACGACCGCGCGUACAAGGAGAACUUCGUGGUGACGAAGGAGGAUUAUGCCGCCUUGAGCGAGGUGUACACGAAGGUACCCAACGUGCAUCGGUGCCUGGAGCCUGGGGAGGACGCGCUGUUCAACUUUGGCCCGCGCAGGGGGGUGCCAGAAGCGUCCAGCGGUGCGUACGUAAGCGCUACAAAUGGAAGCGGCACGCAUGCAAGCGGCAUAAAUGGGGACAGUACGAAUGACCGCAACACGAGCGGGGGGCGCGCCGCCUCAACGCUCACCCGAGAGGCGCUCAACGAAACGUAUGCCUUCUCCCUGAAAGAGAAGACGUAUAUGGUGCACCCCGAAAUGAAUAACAAAAUUAAUUUUUUCAACGGAGACAUAUCUUCCGUGGACACAGACGCGAUUGUGUUAUUUGCAAACCACAACUACCGAUUUACCAAAACGGUCUGCGAGAAUUUAUACUCUUCAACAUUAAUGAAGUUGGAGGAUGAAGACAAAAUGGAAAUUAAAUGUAAGAAGAGUGGGGAGGUAUACCUCACGAAUAGCUAUGACGCAACGCACAAGUACGUCCUGCACGUCAUGCUACCGAAGUACAAUAACAAAUAUAUUUUAGCGACUCAUAACACGAUGAAUCUGUGUGUACAGGAAAUUCUGUGCGUCUGUGUGGAAAAAAAAAUUCAGUCAAUCUCGAUCCCCAUCGUUUGCUUUAACUUAUUCUUUCCUCUAAAUAUUUUUUUGGUGAGUUUAUUGAAGAGCCUGAGGUCGCUACUUCUCCUACCCCAAUUCUACAACUGCAUCAAGUCAAUUGUCUUUGUCACCAAUUCAAAUGACUUGUACCUCCUCACUUUGAAGUACGCUUCUAUAUUUUUCCCUCGGUGUCGUGAGGAAAUGUUCCUUUCAGCAAACAUUGCCAUUUUGGGCAAUAAAUUCGGGUCCAUUGAUGUGCGCAACAGAGGCAUUCGCAUCUUCAGGACGCUUCGGCGGGUCACCCGGGCCAUUUUCAACGACACGGAGUUUUUGAGUCUAAAAAGGGAAAGCGAGGGCCACAAGAAUUUAUACAAGCUACACGAAAUUAACAAAAGGGAAGAGAACGUGAUUGCCAAUCUGGAGUGUUGUCUCCGUCUCAGCAGCAUGUACAAGAUAAAAAACAAAUAUAUUGAAUUUGAGGAAAAUUCUUUUUUAUAUGAAUACGGGAUUGACGAGCAUGGAAGGAAAACAAUGGUCAUAAAUUUUUUUAAAUUUCCUCAAACGUAUAAUUACCAUUUAUUGUUUUUGUAUAUUUUGUUUCACUUCAACUCAUUUAUGCACAAUCAAUUUGUCUUGCUAUUUAUUUUUUCACAAAAUAUCUCGACCCAAAUUACCAACGUGUUAUCCCUCUUCAAGGAUCUGUUCCAACUGGUUACCGAUUUUUUGCAUAACCUAAAGGUCAUUUACUUUUUUAAUUACUCGCUCGCCUUCAAGCUCUUCAUAUGUGUGCUCUAUCCGUUCAUCCCGGCCAGCAUUUACAAGAACAUCGUCUACCUGAACGAUGCCGAGGAACUGUCGAAGCACUUUGACGUUAAGAAGGCCUUGAGACAGUGA